AUGAGAUUGAUGUGGACAAGCUUAUCCAACUAUGGAUCGCACAUGGAUUUAUCCAGGACCAAAAGGAAAGUCCGUCCUGAGACAAUUGGCCAACGGAUUUUCAGUGAGCUGGCCUCAAGGUCAUUCUUUGUGGAAGUGAAGCAAGUCCGAGUCUCAUUCAACGAGCGUGGGAGGAGGGAUAAUUAUUCCAAACAUACAUGUAAAAUCCAUGAUCUCAUGCAUGAUGUUGCGCUGUCCACAAUGGAAAAAGAAUGUGCUCUAGCACAUGAGAAACCAGAUCAUAUUGAGUGGCUUCCAAAUACAUCUCGCCACUUAUUAUUGUCUUGUGCACAACCAGAAACUGCUCUGAAUGAUUCUCUGGCGAAAAGAACUCCGGCUAUCCAGACACUUUUGUGUGAUCGUUAUUAUAUGAUAGAUUCAUUGCAGCAUUUAUCAAAAUACAGCUCUUUGAAGGCAUUACAACUCUGUAUAAAUUUGAAAGGGUCAUUCCCCUUGAAAUCAAAGAAGUUGCAUCACCUAAGGUACCUUGAUCUCUCAAGUAGUCGCAUCGAAGCACUUCCUGAAGAUAUAAGCAUUCUAUACAACCUGCAAACAUUGAAUGUCUCUGACUGCAUUGAGCUUCGCAGACUUCCAAGUCAAAUGAAGUAUAUGAUUUCCCUUCGCCACCUCUACACUCAUGGUUGUCGGAGCAUGAGGAGCAUGCCUGGUGACUUCCAAAAACUCGUGUCACUACAGACACUUACAUGUUUUGUAGCAGGUCCUACUGGCUCCGAGUGCAGUGGUGUUGGAGAGUUGCAUCAUUUAAAUCUUGGUGGUCAGCUAGAGCUAAAUCAGCUAGAGAAUGUGACAGAAGAAGAUGCAAAAACAGCAAAUCUCGGGAAGAAGAAGGAACUCGUAGAACUGACAUUAAAAUGGAGUGUUGGUUGUAGGGAUGAUGCAAAAGUACUCGAGGGCCUCAAACCUCAUAAUGGUUUGCAGGCUGUAAGGAUCGAAUCGUACGGAGGCACCACUUUUCCAGCAUGGAUGGCUAUGUUACAAAACAUGGUUGAGAUCCACCUUUUCAAUUGUAAAAAACUGCGAUGGUUAUUCGGUUGUGAUACAUCCUUCACUUCUCCAAAUCUGGUGGUGUUUACACUACAAUAUCUGGAAUGUUUGGAGGGAUGGUGGGAAAUAAAAAACAAGGAACAAGGAGAAGAGAUAAUAUUUCCUCGUCUUGAGAAGUUGUCCAUUGUUCGUUGUGGAAAGCUGACAUUGUUACCAGACAGUGAAAAGAUAACGGCAUUAUUGGGACAACAAAAGGUUUUCCCAAAGCUGACAAUGAAAGCUAAAUCACCAAAGCUCAGUGUGUUAGACAUGGAGGGAAGUGAGGAAGAUAUGUUCCUGUGGGUAGCUAGACAUAUGGCUUCAUUCACCAAGCUGACACUGAAGAACCGUGACGUGGAGUCAACCUCGGCGGUGGCCGAUCAUAGUUUGACAGAAGUGGUGGAUGCCAUGGAAAAAUGGAAUCAUAAAGAUUUCCCUCUGAAAGAUAUGGACUUAAGUGGCUUUAAGUCAGCUGUAACUGAGCUAUGUGCAUAUUUUAAACAGCUUCAGCACUUGUCCAUCACUGAUUGUGCUGCGCUUGUCCACUGGCCAGAGAAAGAGUUCCAAGGCUUGGUAUCCUUGAGGACACUAGAGAUUUGGAACUGCAAACAGCUGGUUGGAUAUGCACAAGCUCCCACAGUUGAGCAAUCAACAACAACAUCAGAAUCCCUGAGCCAACUCCUGCCACGCCUUGAGUCUCUCAAUAUAUCGGGUUGUACAAGCUUGGUGGAGAUCUUCAAACUCCCUGCGUCCCUGAGGGUAAUUAGACUUAGAGAGUGCACUAAGCUCAAGUCCAUAUCCAGCAGGAGGCUGCAGCAGGGAGAGGAAGCACCACCUAUUCUUCAAGGGUCUCCUGUAUGUUUAGAAGAUUUGGACAUAUACGGUUGUGAUAGCUUAAUUGGGGCCCUCAAUCUUCCCCCUUCCCUCAAGAAAGUAAGCAUUUACUGUUGCAGUGAGUUGACAUCAGUGGAAUUUCAGUCGGGUGUGAUGCCAUUGUUGAAAGGCUUCCAAAUCGCUAUAUGUAAGAAAAUAUCAUCCCUACCGGAUGGUCCGCAAGCAUACCCAUCUCUCCGAGGACUUGAGAUUUACAGGUGUCCUGGUAUAAAGAGGCUGCCUACAUGCCUGCAGCAACGUCUAAGCAGCCUUAACGUGGUAGCUCUAGAUGCACAUCAUCAAGAGCCUAGUGUACUGAAUCCCAAGAGUUGGAGAAACGCCUUCCGCAGAGACUAG